AUGAAAAAAGCUGAAAAAGGAAACAAAGACAACCAUUACUUGACGUCAAUAGAAAAUUUAAACAAAGAAAAAGAGAUAAAUACAAAUGACAUUAGAAAGAAACAAAAGAAAUUUAAUAAACGUAAAGACCGAAGUUUUUUGAAAAGAUCCGGGAAACGAUAUAUUACAAUGAAAGGAAAGGUAGUAAACGCUAGAUCUCUAAAAGAAAAUCCAUGUAAGCCUAAUGGUAAAUGUCCUAAUGAAUGUUAUAGUAUAUCAGAAGAGAGAAGAAAAACUAUUUUUGAUCACUAUUGGAGUUUGAGUGUUGAAAGACAACGUGAUUGGAUAGUAAGCCAUAUUAAGAAAGAAACAGUAAAGCGAAAGCGCACCAAAGAUAUAGAAAGACGAAGGCAAUUUACAUACAGAUAUUGCAUUAACGAUGGAGAGGGCCAAAGACCCGUGUGCAUGAAUUUCUUCAUGAAUACAUUAGAUGUUCGACAAAGGAAUGUUCAUCUACUAGUUAGUAACUCGGAAUAUGGAAGCUCUAAAAGUGACAAAAGACCAGCGGAGUACCAGCAAAUAAAACUCCUCCGUCUUCUCCAAUGCAACAACGGGACAAUCCUGAAGCCGAUCUUGAAGCCGAGCCAGGAGCGCGAGGUGGCGUUCUACAGUCGGCUGCAGAGCGCGCGGCACCCGGAGCUGGCGGAGCUGCGCUCGUUCGUGCCGCGCUACUUCGGCCGCACCACGUACGCGUACAACCACCACCAGCUCGACUACAUCGUGCUCGAGGACCUCACGCAGGGGAUGCUCGAGCAGUGCGUCAUGGACGUCAAGAUUGGUAAGCGAACCUGGGAUCCUCUAGCCACAGAAGAGAAAAUAAAGAGCGAACAGACCAAAUAUGCGCUCUGCAAACAGGAGUUCGGGUUCUGUAUACCCGGGUACCAGGUGUACGAGCUGGCCACCGGCCGCCUGCUCAAGUACGGCAAGGAGCACGGCAAGAAGUUACACGGCCACAUGGUCAAGGACGCGAUCAGGAAGUACUUGAACAGCUUCGGGUCGUCGCUGUGCCGCGCGCUGCUGCUGCAGCUGCUGGCGGGGCUGUGGCGCAUACAGAAGUGGGCGCGCGCGCAAACCAGUGUACGCCUCUACUGCACCUCGCUGCUGCUGCUCUACGACGCGGCCAAGCUGCGGGACUGCUGCGCGCACGCACACCUGACGCAGUACGUUACACUACCCCUUAUAUUACUACUGCACCUCGCUGCUGCUGCUCUACGACGCGGCCAAGCUGCGGGACUGCUGCGCGCACGCACACCUGACGCAGUACGUUACACUACCCCUUAUAUUACUACUGCACCUCGCUGCUGCUGCUCUACGACGCGGCCAAGCUGCGGGACUGCUGCGCGCACGCACACCUGA